AUGAUUUUAUGUUACAAUGGAUGUGGUAAACAAUUUGAAUCAAAUUAUAAUCUAAAUAGAAUUUUACAAUCAAUUUCUUUAAUAAAAACAAUUAAAAUGCCAGUAGAAUAUCGUCAGAAUAAAAAUUAUACUUCAACUCAUCUUAGUUAUCAUGAAUUACCUCAUUCAAUAGGACGUCAUCAUAUGUCACAAAAUUAUAAUCAACAAAAUGCAUCAGAUCGUCUUUAUCAAAUAGCUAUACAAGCUGCAGUGGCCAAAGCAGAAUCAUCUAAAUCCACAAAUGAUGAAAUUCGUAAAUUUUAUCAUGAUGAUAAUAAAUAUAAAUUAAAUAAAACGAAACUAAAUAAUACUGUACAUAAUCAUACUAUUAAUAAUACAAUUACUGCAAUCAGUACUACAAAUACAAUAAUAACAACUACUAAUACUGCUACUACAACCACUACUACUCCUUCGACAAAUUUAUCAUCAAAAGUUAAAACAGCACAUUUAACACCGCAACAAUGGCAAUUAUUAAAUGAUUAUCAUGAACAUGAUUUAUUUGUACGUACAAGAAGUUGGAGUUUUUGUAUGGCAGUUUUAGGUGUUGGUGUAACAUUAUUUGGUAUUGGUAGUCCAGCAUGGAAAUGGAUUGGAGAUUCUCGGAAUCCUUAUGAACUUGGUUUAUGGACCUUGUGUCUACCGAACAAUUCCACUUGUCUUUCAAUAAUUUACCACUUACAGAAUAACUGGAAACUUCAUAUAUCAAUUAUAUGUCUACUGGGUUGUGCCUGUUUAUUUGGAAUAUUGGGUUUGGGUUUAGCUAUUACAGGUGUGUGCAAAAGUGCCUUGAUUCUUAGACUUUAUUAUUAUCAUUCAGCUGGUGAAUGCUUUUUGGUUUCAAGUAUUGCCACAAUAACUGCUUUAAUACUCUAUCCAAUAUCAGCUGAAACAUGUAUACAAAAUUUAUUAAACCUUAAUAUAUUCAAAAUCAAAUCAUCUGAUCACACCUCCACGAUCAGCAUAUCUAAUAACAAUAACAACAAAAAUCCUGCUUCUGAAGAAGAUGUAUCAUUGACCAGUAUUGAGACACAAUUUGGAUAUACAUAUUUUUUGACAUGGAUUGCAGCGCUAUUUUUUGUCAACUCAUUCAUAUGCAUGAAUUUAGAUUUAUUGAUACAAUCGUUCGUUCGACCAAUACCACUAAUCAGCAAUACGAUAAAUAAUUUAAUGCCAUGCUGUGGUUUAUCUACCUCGUCGUUAUCAGAAUCACCAGUAUCGUCUAAAUCGUCACACUCAUCUUGUCAUUUUAAUGAAUCUAUUUAUAAAAAGCAAAGACAUGAAUGUACUGAACAGAACAUAGAACAUAUGGUAAUAUCAAAUAAUAAUCAAAAUACUGAAACGAAUCCUAGUGUCAAUCUACAUUCUAAGCGCAAACUGAUAAAAUAUCAACGAGAAUUUGUAUCAUUCGACGAUAG